AUGUUCAGGCUCGAUAGGAUGUUUCGUGAUCGUGUUAUUGCUCACUCCUUUCUUCCUACUCUGCAACUACUAGACACGUUUUCUAGCUUAAGUGCUGAACCGUCUCUUCCUACAUUUUUCCCCAAAUUUUGCGGCAACAACGGUGGUGUUAGGCCUCGGGCUCCUCGGUUGAGCGGUGCUGAAUUGCCGAGCGAGGCGAAAUGGUUGCUUGGAAAAAAGGAGAUCUACAGUCUUCGAGCAGGCAUUGAUCUCUUGCGUCGAUUCAACUGGGACAUUGAAGUAAACUGA